AUGGUGAAAGUAAAAGACGAGCCUCAAAUGGCAGAAUCCAAUUCUGUGCCGGGCCCACACACCUCAUCCGCAUCCUCCAAUAAUAACAGCAACAACAACCAAGCCCCCCCGACGAAUUACUUCCCUCGCAAACCUCGUCCUCAUCCCCACCACCACCAUCAUCCCCCCUUCCAGCACUUCACCACCCACUACCAUCCGUGUUCGUAUAGCCCCGAAACCGGCGAAGGGGCCGCGAAUGGGGCGACGUCCCCCGCGAAGUUCUAUUUCGGGCCGGGGUUCGAACCGCAGCAACAAUUUCCGGGGCCCAGCCAAGGCCAAGGGAAUCAGUACGUGGUGUUGUUUCAUGUGUAUCCCGGGGUGACGAUCAGCUUCCAGAUGGGGGAAAAUUUGGAAAUAUUGACAGGUCCGGUGACAGUGCCAAUGGUAUCAACGAAUUCUUCGCCGCCCAUAGCGAUGCCCGUUCAAGUUCCUCCAGGUCACAUGGUCCAACAAAUAGUCGACGAAAGCGGUACCCUUAGGCACGUCAUUCUGUCACCACAACAUCCGAAUCUCGUUCCUAUGCCGUCACACAAUCCUCAACACUACGGUGGCGCUCCGGGAAACAACAAUCCACAAUCCCAACAAUUCUACCCCGGCCUACCGUCCGGCUACCCCCCGCAACAGUUCCAUUCCAAUCUCCAGUCGGGCCAUCCUGUGCCGACGCACCUCGGCCAUUCGCCGCCCCCUCCGCCCACUUACCACAAGGACGAGCGAACCCAGAGGCAGCACAUCAAGCUAAAAAAAAAGCUGCACGACAAACAGCAAAAGAACGACAGUCUGCUGCCUAGGAAGGAGUUGGUGAACGGGUUGAAGAGAUCGUCGGCUGGAGGGGGCGGCCUUAAGGAGAAAGGAAUGAACAGCGUGGGGACCAGCGAGGACGGCGAGGAGAGCAGCGUACCCGACGAGGAGGACUCCAUACAGAUCGCAACCGAUAUUCUGUCGUCCGUCCAGGCACCCAAAGUGUCUGAACUAAGUUCCCGUAGUGCCUUACUGCAAUGGGCGCCGCCCGUGCGUCUUUCUGAAUCGGCGAGCAACGAUAGCCAUGACAUUGACAUUUCAGAGUCUGAUCUUAGGUACGAAGUCCUCCUUAGCGACAAGAGCAAAGAAAUGAAGUUCAAGUCGAUCUAUAGCGGCGCGUCCCUUUCCUGUAGGAUACAAGACUUAAAACCUGGCCAAGAGUAUUCUGUGUGUUUACAGGUGCACCUGGACGAAAUCCAAGGCUCCGCUACCGAUCCAGUGAAAUUUAUCACGCCCCCUUGCGAGCCCGACCAACCCCAACCCCCGAAACUUUUGCACAGAACCAAAAAUUCGCUCCAAUUAAGAUGGAACGCGGUCAACGACAACGGCGCCCACAUCAACUGCUACAUCUUGGAGUACGACGAGGGCAAGGGGGGCGAGUUCGUCGAGUUCUACAGGGGCAGGAGUAAAACGCAUACGUUGCAAAAAUUGCUACCGGCAACGUUGUACACCUUCAGGUUAGCAGCUCUCAACGAUGUAGGCAAAAGUCUAUACUCGGACUGCAUCGCUUACAGCACAUUUGACAAUCCACCGAUUCAACCCAAUCCGCCGACAUUACACGAAUCAAACGUCCAAUCGUUGCAUCUGCUCUGGCAGAGGAGGCCCAAAGACGACGAAUUCAUUCUACAGAUGAACGAUAUCGAGACGAAGUACGGUUUCCUGAACGUCUAUUUGGGUAACGAGAACCAGCACAUCUGCAGGGGACUGAGGGAGUGCAGUAGUUAUGCUUUUAGGUUGAGAUCAAAGAAUGAAAGUGGGACUUCCCCGUGGUCGGACGAAGUGACGUACAGUACCUUGCCUGACAAGCCUUCGAGGCCUUCCAAACCUGUAGUGAAAGGACGGAUACACGCACAUUCAUUCAAGUUAAAAUGGGAGUCGCCUAAUCAUACUGGAGGAUCUGAGAUAACCAUGUACAUUUUAGAAGUAAAUUCGGGUAGCGGCUACGAAACAGUCUACCAGGGCCUAGAAACGGAAGCAGUCUGUGAUAAACUAACACCGGGAACGACUUAUCAGCUCAGGGUGAGUUGCGUGAGCGCCGGCGGUGUCAGCAACUUUUCUGAUCCCUGUACGGUGACUACAGACGCUGUCAGUCCGGGACAGUGCUCGCAACCGAGGAUAGUCGGAAAACCAUUAGCCAAUCAAGUCACCAUCCGAUGGAUGGAACCAGAUUACAACGGCGGGGCCCCCAUUUUGGACUACGAAGUGGAAAUGACGUCGCCCGACGGCGAUCAAAGCCUCGUGCACAAGAGCAAAGAGACCGAAUGCACGGCGACAUCUCUCAGCCCGGGUUGCGAUUACAUCUUCCAAGCCAGAGCGGUGAACAGGAUAGGACCCGGUACAUGGUCGGAACCAUUGAGAAUGACGAGUGGAGCGGCUCCUCCUUGCGCGCCCGAGAUGCCGUUAUUGAUGUGCAAGAGUCCGCACCAGGUCUAUGUCGAAUGGACGGAGCCAAGGAGCAACGGUGCCCCAGUUGGCGAAUAUAGGUUAGAAAUGAGUCCGGAUAUGAACGAGGAGAAAUUCUCGAGCGUGUAUCAAGGUCCGCAAUUGAACUACGACGUUAAAGGCCUAACGCCCUUCCAUUCCUACUGCUUUAGAGUGCAAGCCGGUAAUAGCGCCGGAUUCAGCGGAUAUUCUCCGGUAGCGGCUACUUUGACGCCGGCAGCACCUCCGUCUGCCGUCACCGUCGUGAAACCGGACACCACGCCUACUUCGAUCACUCUCCAUUGGAACACUCCGGCUGAGAACGGCAGUCCGAUAAUCAAUUACAACAUAGAAAUCGGUGACAGAACGAUAUCGACAGAGGGCCCCGUCAAUGAAUACACCAUCGAAGGUUUGCAGCCCGAAACGAACUACAAGAUCAAGAUUCAAGCUGUAAACGAAGUCGCCGCCGGUCCAUAUUCCUCGUCUCUAAGGACUGCUACUUUGAGGCUGCCGCCCACUGCACCAAGAUUAGAAUGUUUGGGAGUAGCUCACAACUACGUGAAGUUGAAGUGGGGCGAAGGAAAGAACACCGAAUAUACGCAAUACUGUGUAGAAAUGGAAAAUCCUCGUUCGGGUGAUUAUCAGUGUGUUUACAAAGGUACAGCUCUUACUUGUAAAGUGAACAAGCUGCACGAAUCUACUACAUACAGGUUUAGGGUGAACGCCGCCAACGACGCUGGCGUAGGAGAAUUUUCCGACGACUACGAAUUCAGUACAAACGUGGCGCCGCCUGCCGCCCUCAAAGCUCCCAAAAUCGCGGAAGUCGAUCAACGGACCUGUUCGAUCGAAUGGUUCCCGGCCAAAAAUAGCUUCACGGAUUCCGUGGUGUAUCGGGUACAGGUGUCGCGAACGAAGGAACAGGUGUUCAAACAGGUCUGCAAGUCUUCCGAAUGUAAAUACGCAAUCGAGGAUCUGGAGCCGGGCACCGAGUACGCCGCCCGCGUAUGUCCCGUCCGUCUGACGUCCGCCGGCGAGCUUCCCGGUCCCCCGUCUCCUUCGGUCACCUUCACCACCGCCUCUCUGGAACCGGCGGGCGGCACCUCGGCGAAAUCAGCCUCGUCUUCCGGCGGCAAUCCCCUCGCCCAUUCUGUUCACAAGCACCGGUCCUUCUAUCAUUCCAUGUGGCAGAUGCUGAGCUUCUCCGAGGAGUACUGGAUCUACGUGUACGCCUUUCUGGUGCUCUUCAUCGGAAUCGUCAUCUCCUUGUUGAUCGCGCAGUUCCUGUAA